AUCCACUUAGCUUUAAACAUGGCGAGAAGCCAGGGUGGGAGUGUACGCCUUUUUCGGUGGAUGUAAUGUCUUGUAAAUUGUUUUCGCCCGUUUCUGUGUGACAACAUUCCCGCCGUGAAAUCAUGGAUGUGCCGCCGGACACAGCGAUGGCCCAGGCCAAGCGUCCUGAGGAUGUGAUUAAGAUGCCUUUGAACGACAAUCUGAAAUUCGCCGUGCUGAUCGGAUUUGUCGAAGUCGGCCAAGUCUCCAACAAGGAGGUGGUAAACACCGUGUUACACUUGCUUGUUGGGGGCGAAUUCGACAUGGAGCUAAAUUUUGUGAUUCAGCAUCCCCAAAACAUCCUUCAUAUGUUAGAUUUGUUGGACCACUGUCCUUCCAGCCUACAGGCUGAAGUGUGGAGUGUAUUUAUUGCAAUCCUUAAGAAAAGCAUGAGGAACUUGCAGGCAUGCACUGAGGUUGGACUUAUAGAGCAUAUCCUCCAGAGGUUCUCUCAAGUUGAAGAAGUUGUUGCAGAUCUUGUCAUAGAAAUGUUGGGGGUUUUGGCAAGUUACAGCAUCACAGUGCGAGAGCUCAAGUUGUUAGUUGGGUGUAUGAAGGCGACUGGAAACAAAUGGCCCAGGCACUCCGUGAAGCUGAUGUCCGUCCUCCGCCAGAUGCCCCACAGGCAGGGUCCAGAUUCCUUUUUCAGCUUCUCCGGAAAGAAAGGGGCGGCAAUUGCUCUGCCGCCACUGGCACGCUGGCCGUACCAGAAUGGCUGGACCUUCUACACGUGGUUCAGGCUCGACCCCAUCAACAGUGUCAGCAUAGAGAGGGAAAAGCCAUUUCUCUACUGCUUCCGGACCAGCAAGGGUGUGGGCUACUCGGCACAUUUUGUUGGUAACUGCCUCAUAUUCACUUCCAUGAAAGUCAAAGGAAAAGGCUACCAGCAUUGUGUCAAGUAUGAGUUCCAGCCGAGGAAGUGGUAUACUGUUGCCAUAGUGUACAUCUACAACCGUUGGAGCAAGAGUGAGAUCAAGUGCUUUGUCAAUGGCCAGCUAGCGUCUUCGACAGAGAUGAGCUGGUUUGUCAGCACCAAUGACCCUUUUGACAAGUGCUACAUCGGAGCGGCUCCCGAGCUUGAUGACGAGCAUGUCUUCUGCGGCCAGAUGUCGGCAGUGUACCUGUUUUCCGAAGCCUUGACUGCUCACCAAGUUUGUGCGAUUCACCGAUUGGGGCCAGGCUACCAGAGCCAAUUCCGAUUCGAAGGUGAAAGUGUGGCUCUACCUGAAAGCCUAAAACGCGUGUUGUACGAUGGCAAGCUAUCCAGCGCACUAGUGUUCAUGUACAACCCGGUCGCUACAGACAGCCAGUUGUGUCUCCAAGCAGCGCCAAAGGGAAAUGUCUCCUACUACGUCCACACUCCACAUGCCCUGAUGCUGCAGGACGUGAAGGCGGUAACCACAUACUCCAUCCACAGCACCCUCAACUCAAUUGGGGGCAUCCAGGUGCUCUUCCCACUUCUCGGUCAGCUGGAUCUGCCCAUGGGCUUAGCACCUCUUCAGGAACCCCGUAGGCCCAGUAUCUGUGCAACGCUGAUUGGCUUCAUCUGCGAGAUGUGCGAAAGCAGCAACACGGUGCAGCAGCACAUGAUCCAGAACAAGGGCUUCCUAGUCAUGAGUUACCAGCUACAGAGGGCGUCUCGGGACCACAUAACAGACGAGGUUCUGCACUCAUUCCUCUCGCUGACCAAGCACUUGUUGACAGUGUACAGCAGCAAUGGGGAGCUGCUGCUCAAGCACCUACUGGAUCACAUCCUCUUCAACCCAGCUCUGUGGAUCUACACACCAACAGCUGUGCAAACCAAGCUGUAUGCUUACCUGGCUACCGAGUUCCUUGGGGACACGCAGAUCUACAACAAUGUGCGGCGUGUGAGCACUGUCCUGCAAACCAUGCACACGCUCAAGUACUACUACUGGGUCGUCAACCCCCGGAACAAGAGUGGUAUCACACCAAAGGGCCUCGAUGGUCCCCGUCCAAACCAGAAUGACAUCCUGGCAAUCCGAGCCUACAUGCUGAUCUUCCUCAAACAGCUCAUCCUCAAGGGCAAUGGCGUCAAAGAGGAUGAACUGCAGAGCAUCCUUAACUACCUCACCACUGUGCACGAGGAUGAAAACCUUCAUGAUGUACUCCAAAUGCUUAUGAACCUGAUGGCUGAGCAUCCAGCUUCUAUGGUUCCGGCAUUUGACUGUAAGAAUGGUGUGAGGGCAAUCUUCAAACUUUUGGGCUCAACAAACGAAAGUAUACGACUCCAGGCUCUGAAGCUGCUCGGCUACUUCCUCAGCAGAAGCACGCACAAGCGGAAGCACGACGUGAUGACUCCGCACAACCUGUACAUGCUGCUGGCAGAAAGGCUACUGUUGCACUCUGACCAUCUGACCAUGGCCACGUACAAUGCCCUAUAUGAGAUGCUGACAGAGCACAUAUCCAACCAGAUCUUGUACACCAAGCACUCAGAGCCAGAGUCUCACUACCGGCUGGAAAACCCAAUGAUCUUGAAGGUUGUGGCUACGCUAAUCCGUCAGUCAAAGCCGUGCGAGGAGUUAAUUGAGGUGAAGAAGCUCUUCCUGUCUGAUAUGACCCUGCUGUGUAACAACAACAGGGAAAACAGAAGGACAGUGCUUCAAAUGUCCGUGUGGCAAGAGUGGCUGGUGGCCAUGGCGUACAUUCAUCCACGUAACGGGGAGGAGCAGAAGAUCUCGGACAUGGUGUACUCCCUAUUCCGCAUGCUUCUCCAUCACGCCAUCAAGUACGAGUACGGAGGAUGGAGAGUUUGGGUUGACACGUUGGCCAUUGUUCAUUCCAAGGUGUCCCUGGAAGAGUACAAGCUACACUUUGCCCAGAUGUACGAACACUUUGACCAGCGACGUGUGGACCACAUCACUGACCCUGCCGUGCGCCGCAAGCGGCCUAUCAGCACCAUUUCAGGGCUCGACCGGUGUCCACCACCAGAGUCGGAUCUCCCUCUGACUCGCAGGGCAUCUGAAGACCAAACCGUAGCCACCAGACCAGACAUCGUGCAGGUCAGGGAAGGGCUGGGGGAAGAAGAGGAAGAAGCCAUGAGGGGCACUGUGACUUUCCCGUCCAUCGUACCGUCCACACCAAGCCAGCUGCCGGACCCUGUGCCAUCAGACGAUGUUGUUCCAGUUGUUGAAAUCUCUGAGGGCCCAGUGGAUGUUCUGCAGCCUAAUCAGACCGUUGUCUGCCCCGAUGUGAUUCCAGUCCAAGAGACGAUAUCUGGCAAGUCCAGCCUCGAAGAGAAGCACAACCCUGCAGAGGAAGAUGAAUCGCCCACCCAAGAUAACGCCGCACUAGAGCCCGGAACAUCUCCAGAUGUCGUGCCCCACCCGACCGACACGUCUUGUGGCAAGGACAUUCGGGAGAAUUCCCCGGAGCACGUUGAAAAAAUUCCGCCCGAUGCAUUCAACGAGGUUCCACGCUUAGGAGAAAGGGAGUCUCUGACUGCUUCGGGAGAUCAAGUUGGCACUGUCCAAGUUACUGCUACUCCAGAUUGCAAAGAAGAAGAAACAGAAAAAGAAGACUGUGCAGAACCGAAGGCUGUCUUGGAAUCUAGCAAUGAAAAGGAGCCUGUAUUAACAGCCGAAGCGUCUACAGACAAGGAUGAUGCAGGAGGAGGUGAAGCAUCGGCUGAGUGUGAUGUCUUUGAAGAUGCCCAAGGCGGUGAUGGAAGCGAAACUUCGGAAGGCACUUCUGCACUCCCUGACGAUGGUGCGGACAGCACCGAGAGAGAUGUCGCGAAAGGGGAAGUCAGUGAAGUGUUGUCGGAAGCCAGCACAGACAAGUUGGAGCAUCCAACAGUGCAAGCUGGGGCUGAGCCAUCAAAUACCACUGACGAGCCACCGAGUGCCGAAUCCGAGCAGUGGGAGGCUAAGGGCGACAGCCGGUCAGAAGAUGCUACAUCUGGCUCUCCUGUGAAGUCUGUUGAGAGUAGUGGUGGCAGUGGUGGUGCAUAUGUGAGCAGCCCCGAGGAAUCUGCCGGGAGCAGUCCUGUUCCUCCGACGCAACAAAAGUUUCUAGCGGCCUCCGAACAGUUGGGCAGCCACCUUCCUGCAAUUGUGAACCCCACCGAAGAAGUGCCAUUGCCACCGCCAGCCAUGGAUUCCGAAGUGUUACCGUCGCCUCAUGAAUCACCCAUGCACACCAACGCCGGAGGUGCAGACGACGCCAGCCCGGUGAGCGACACCAAAGGUGAAGAUGACAACAAUGAAAGCUGCUGCACUGUCUCAGGUACAGCGGACAACGAUGUCAGUGGGGAUGACAUUGGUGAUGAACGCAUGGAAGCCAAGCGGACUGUGGCGCAGACAAACCUUCUUGAUGGGGAAGGAGGGGACACAACGGCAACAGCUGAGGCAAGUGGCAUCAGCACCAUCGAGGCCCAAGUGGAGCGGCAGCGCAAGCACAUGGCCGAGAUGGGGCUGAGUGACGCGCCUCCUACGGAAGGCUCGGGCGAAGAUGACGACGACGAAGUUUGUACAAACGAUGCUGGACUUCUUCGUCGUGCACGCAGUGCUUCACACGCGUCCUCUGCUGCUGCUGCUUCUGCCGCCGAAAAGGUGCCACCUUCAAGACCCAAGUCUGUAGAAAUUGCUGCUGCAGGCUCAACCACCAGUGGGAGGCAGCUGUUCAAUUCUGGGCCAUCGCGCCCGCCAUUUCGCAUUCCAGAGUUUCGUUGGUCGCCGAUCCAUCAGCGUCUUUUGUCUGAUCUUCUUUUCUCCCUCGAGACAGACAUCCAAGUAUGGCGCAGCCACAACACCAAGACUGUGAUAGACUUUGUGAACAGUGGUGAAAAUGCCAUCUUCGUCAUCAAUACGGUGCACCUGAUCUCUCAGCUGGCUGACAACAUCAUCAUUGCCUGUGGAGGGCUGUUGCCUCUUCUAGCAUCUGCAACUUCACCUAAUCACGAGCUGGAUGUGAUCGAGCCAACACAGGGCAUGGCUAUCGAGGUUGCGGUCGCAUUCCUCCAAAGACUGGUCUACAUGACCGACGUGCUGGUCUUUGCCUCAUCCCUGAGUUUCUCGGACCUGGAGGCUGAGAAGAACAUGUCCAGCGGAGGCAUCCUCAGGCAGUGCCUCAGGCUAGUUUGCACGGCAGCCGUCCGCAACUGCCUGGAAUGUCGGGAGAGGAGUUGCCCCUUGACACCUGUGACGCCGCAGACUCCCACCACCAGGGACCCUCUGCGACCCAACCCGAUUCAUGCACUUAUUGGUGGUGUGCAGCCAUCAGCUAAGAACAUUGUGGAAAAUCUUGGCGGUCAAAGCAGCCCCAUACGAGACCCAGAGAAGCUGCUGCAGGACAUGGAUGUGAACCGUUUGCGAGCUGUCAUCUACAGAGACGAUGAGACCAAACAGGCGCAGUUCCUGGCGUUGGCUGUGGUUUACUUCAUCUCCGUGCUGAUGGUGUCCAAGUACCGCGAUAUCCUGGAGCCCCCUUCGUCCUCUUCCUCUUCCUCAUCUGCUUCCUCCUGCUGCUCGCAGCAGCCCCAGCCACAGACACAGCAGCAGCAGCAGCAGCGAGCUGCAACUGUGGCACCCCCUUCAUCUUCUUCAAACGUUACUCAUCCAGCACCCAUGCCGCCCUCCGAUGGCACAACAGCUGUGCGCCUCACUCAGCCUCAGGCGCAAGCCAAUGAGAAGGCGUCCGUGCUAUGGUCAGAUGGCCAAGAUGGGGAGCGGGAUGAGGUGAUCGUGGUCGAAGAGAUGGACUCCAGUAUCCUGGCCAACAUUCACUCCUCUGCUGCCAUUAUUUCCACAUCUCCAGUGCCAAACCCUGCCCACCCAGUAGUAGCCCCCACCUACCACCACCACGAAGCGGUGAAUGGAUCGGGGGAACCUCUGGACAACUACCAGGCUACCAUUCUCGUGCCCCAGGAGCCAGCACUCAAUGGCCUCAACAAGGUGCCUGAGAGCGGGAUGACGCCAGUGGCUACCGGCAAAAUAGGCGAUGAAAGUGGACUGGCACCGAGCGCACGUGAGGCGAGCCUGACGCAGAAACUGGAGGGCGCGCUCGGCAGCGUGUGCCCGCUGCUUCGCGAGAUCAUGGUGGACUUCGCGCCCUUCCUGUCACGCACGCUCGUCGGCUCGCAUGGCCAGGACCUGCUUGUCGAAGGCAAAGGGCUCAGCACGUUCAAGAACAGCACCUCAGUGGUGGAGCUAGUGAUGCUGCUGUGCUCUCAAGAGUGGCAGAACUCACUGCAGAAGCAUGCUGGCCUUGCCUUUAUCGAGCUCAUCAACGAAGGAAGGCUGCUUUCCCACGCCAUGAAAGACCACAUUGUCAGGGUGGCCAACGAGGCGGAGUUCAUCCUCAACCGCAUGCGAGCGGACGACGUUCUCAAGCACGCUGAGUUUGAGUCGUUGUGUGCCCAGACUGCUGUGGACCGCAAGGAGGAGGAGAUGAUGUGCGACCAUCUGAUUACGGCAGCACGGCGUCGCGAUUCCCUGGUGGCAGCACGGGCACUCGAGAAGGUGCUGAACAUUCUGACCAACCGGCACGGAGCUUGGGGUCAGAACUCCAAAGGGAGCUCGCACCGAACCAUAGAGAAUGGCCAAGCGGAGUUUCUCCGACUGGAUGCCUGGGAAGAUGACGCGCGGCGCCGAAAGCGGCUUGUGCGAAACCCUCAUGGCUCGUGCCAUCCUGAGGGAACUCUCAAGGCAGCCAUCGAGCAUGGUGCUCCCGAGGAUGCAAUCUUGCAAGCCCGUGAAGAGCUCCACCGUCAGCUGGCCAUGACUCGACGGCAACACCAGCUGCAGAGCACUGACCUCUUGGAUGACAGCGACUUCUGGGAUGACAAAGAUCUCGACUCCGAACUCGCAGGGUCCGUAAGUCUUAGCACGAGAUGUCGACUGAUAGCUCCAGGAAUCAUUGCUCCGGGCAUGCUCUCCAUCACCCAAUCUGAACUCUUCUUCGAGGUGGACGAGGACGACAUAGAGUUCAAGAAGAACGACCCCGAGGCGAUCAAGUACUGCGACCACGUGCAUGGCAAGUGGCACUUCUCCGAGAUCCGGGCCAUCUUUUCGAGGCGUUACCUCCUGCAGAACAUCGCGCUCGAGAUCUUCCUGGCAUCACGUACCUCCAUAAUGUUCGCGUUCGACAGCCAGAAGACGGUGAAGCGAGUCGUCAAGGCGCUGCCGUGCGUCGGAGUGGGCAUCAAGUACGGCAUCCCACAGACCAGGCGUGCCUCGCUAAUGUCUCCACGGCAGAUCUUCCAGCAGUCCAACAUGACCCAGAAGUGGCAGAGGCGGGAGAUUAGCAACUUCGAGUACCUCAUGUUCCUCAACACCAUCGCCGGGCGUACCUACAACGAUCUGAACCAGUAUCCGGUGUUUCCGUGGGUGCUCACCAAUUACGAGUCUCCAGAGCUGGACCUCAGUCUCCCCAGCAACUACAGGGAUCUGUCCAAGCCCAUCGGCGCCCUGAACCCGAGCCGGCGGGCGUUCUUCGAGGAGCGCUACGAGACGUGGGAGCACGAGGUGAUCCCGCCCUUUCACUACGGCACCCACUACUCGACGGCCGCGUUCACGCUCAACUGGCUGGUGCGCGUCGAGCCCUUCACCACGCUCUUCCUGGCCCUCCAAGGGGGCAAGUUCGACCACGCGAACCGCAUGUUCGCCUCCAUCGCCCAGUCAUGGAAAAACUGCCAGCGCGACACCUCCGACGUCAAGGAGCUGAUCCCUGAGUUCUUCUACCUGCCCGAGAUGCUGGUGAACAAGAACGGCUACCAGUUGGGUCGCCAGGAGGACGGCACGCAAGUCGGCGACGUCGUUCUGCCCCCGUGGGCCGCCUCGCCCGAGGAGUUCGUGCGCAUCAACCGCAUGGCCCUGGAGUCCGAGUUCGUCUCCUGCCAGUUGCACCAGUGGAUCGAUCUCAUCUUCGGUUACAAGCAGCGGGGUCCCGGUAGGAGAGCGAGUCCAGAAGCUGUAAGAAGUACCAAUGUGUUUUACUACCUGACCUACGAAGGCAGCGUGGACCUUGAGAACAUGAAGGACACUGUCAUGAAGGAGGCUAUUGAAAACCAGAUCAAGAACUUUGGCCAGACUCCGUCGCAGCUUCUAAUGGAACCCCAUCCUCCUCGCAGCUCAGCGAUGCACAUUAGCCCAAUGAUGUUCUCGCCAGUGACGGAGGAGCUGUGCAUGAUUAUGAAGUUCCUGUCCAACUCGCCCAUCUGCCACAUCUCUGCCAACACGUACCCACAGUUGCCGCUACCCUCAGUUGUUACUGUUACCUGCAAUCAGAACUUUGCUGUCAACCGGUGGAAUUGCAAUUACUCUGCCCCCAUGCAUUCACCAACUUACUCUGACUCGAACCAGCCACAGGCCAACCAACUGCCCCUCGCCAUGGACCCUUUGCUUAUGAUGAACGUGGCGCCACACAAGCGGCACCUGGGUGACACAUUCAGCCAGCACGUACGCAUGCGCAGUGGCUGUUUCGUCACCACGGUAGACAGCCGCUUCCUUGUUGCCUGUGGCUUCUGGGACAAGAGCUUUCGUGUCUUUGCCACCGAGUCAGCCAAGAUUAUCCAGAUAGUGUAUGGCCACUUUGGUGUGGUGACGUGCUUGGCAAGGUCAGAGUGCAACAUCACUUCCGACUGCUACAUUGCGUCCGGCUCCGAGGACUGCACUGUACUGCUCUGGCACUGGAACGCCCGAACACAGACCAUUGCGGGAGACAACGCGAACCCCGACAUCCCAACGCCACGAGCAACCCUCACUGGCCACGAGAAUGAGGUUACCUGCAUCGUUGUUUCUGCUGAGCUUGGCCUGGUCGUCAGCGGAUCGAAAUCUGGCCCGGUGCUAGUCCACACAACCAGUGGCGACUUGCUACGGUCCCUCGAGGCACCUGACCGCUUCGGCACCCCAGAGCUCUGUGCCCUGUCCCGUGAAGGCAUGGUGGUUGUCUGUUACGGUCUGGGCAACCUCUGCAACUUCACCAUCAAUGGCCACCGGUUGCGCUCCGAGUCCCAUCACGACAACAUUCAGUGCCUGACAUUGAGUCGCGAUGGUGAGUACAUGGUGACUGGCUCGGAGAGCGGCGUGGUCGAAGUAUGGCGAUCGUUCAACCUGGCACUGCUGUAUGCCUUCCCUGCCUGCGAGGGCGGCGUCCGCUCCCUAGCCUUGUCUCACGAUCAGAAGUUCCUGCUGGCAGGGCUGACCAAUGGUUCCAUCUCUGUGUUCUACAUUGACUUCAACAGAUGGCACCACGAAUUUCAGCAGCGCUACUAGACAGCCAUUUUUAGCAUGAACAUUCUCUGCAUCAGACAGGGAGGAUCUGUUGUCAUUCCAGGUUAUAAUGACAUUUGCUCAAACAGACAACUAUCGCCGAAACGACCCUCCACCCCCCUUCAUUGCACCCCAGUUCCUUGCAGACUUCCAUACCACUGGCUUCCCUGGCUCCUGCAAAGUGACUAAGAGCAUGCGGAACGAGCCAUAUGAGACAAACGCAUACGUAGGAAAAAACAUGCUGCCAUCACGGCAACAGGUUGUCCCCAGUGCAAAAAUACAGCAGCUCUCUGCACAUGUGCAUCGCAUGACGUGGUUCAGUUAUUACUUGUGUGGGCGCUUUAGCAGUGGCAAACGCUAAUGUGGCAAAAUGUUUAUUGCCCUCACUAUAACUUGGUACACUGUUUGAGCAUUUUUCUCAUGCUCAAACAGUGUACUACACUCAUAUUUAUGAGCAUUGGCGAAGAAGCAGCUUCAACAAAGCUUAUUGGGUACACCACAUUGCAGGAGUCAAAUGGUGGAUGUCGUCACAGCCUCCUUUGGAUAUUUUGUGCUUCUUCGUGAAGGCAAUGCAAAAAAAAAAAAAAAAGAAGUGUCAAACAUGCACACAGGAUCGUGGCCGUGAAAGGCUAUCAUGCUUCGUGGUUUAAAAAAAAAUGCACUUUUGAUCAGCAAUCCAUCCAGUUGACAUAUAGCUGUUGUAGUAUGUGCCAUUUCUGUUAACCCUGGGGCAAAGUCACUGUUGUAAAUUGUUGCAGCGCAUUUGUGUGCUAGUGAAGUUGAGAGCAGUUUACAUAUGUUUGCCUUCAUUUGCCGAAGCAUUGUCUUCAAGUGGCUAAAACCACAAGGUUUUGCAAAAUUUAUCUGUAGUUUUCACUCAUAAGCUGUCAAUGUAUGAAUGGUCCAUCAUGCCCUUAUGUGCAAAGAGCAGGCAUUUUUCGAUUCUCUAAAGUGCAAAAUUUGAACAUUGGGGGGGGGUCUCUCUUUGUUGUUACUGUACCCCUCUGCGUCACUGUUUGUUGAUAAACCAAGCCUGACUCGAGCAGCUACUACAGUUGAUAUUACAAAUUUUUUUUUCUUGUCACGUCAUUCUCGGCCCUGAUUCUUUUAGCCUGAAAUUGAAAAUCUCAAGUUUUCAGUGUCCUUUUUUUGUCUUUGAGUUCAGUGCUUUACACAUCUGGAAAGGAUGUGUAAAGCAUUGAACAGGCAGCAUUUCUGACAUCUCGUUUUGAUGUCCCAAGAUUUACAGGUGUCAGAACAGCUCGCAAGUAUACAAACUAUACAUAUAUACAUAAAUAUAUAUACAUACAAAUAUAUAUAUAUAUAGACAAGAGACACACACACACAGACAUAUAUAUAUAUAUACUACUAUAUAUAUGUAAACAUAAGCACACGAGCAGCAGCUGCAUUAGUGGCAUGAUACGUCCUGCUUUUCCAUUUGUGUAGGCUGCGUCAUUUUUUAUAACCUUGAUUAAUCCAUCCCAGAACAUGUGAACAUGAAUGCUGAUAAGAAAUACUGCUCCUGCCAUUUUUGUCCAUGUCCAACCGACCAGGUUCAAAGAGCCGUCUCUGACUGCCCUGACCUCAAGGUUGGGAUCGUUUAGUUCGGUCGCUCUUAGUGUUUGCGCAUUUCUGGACACCUACAAAGUCCCAGCGGAAAGCUGUUAUCUACGCAGUGUCUUCACCAAACAUAUUCUGCAGUUGUAGCCAACUGCUAUCUGCCACGGGUGUUUUCAAGUCAAAGCGUGAAUAGUUUGAACGGCUGUAAAGUAGUGCAACGGCAUUAUCCUUGCCAGCACUGAUCCCUUUCCUAGGAGGCCAAGCCAGUGCUGUACAGUUGUGGAAAAGUUCACCGGUCAUUUUGGUGGAGCUCUCUUGAUUAAGUGUUCGGCUCACCCUUGUAUUUAAUGAAUUUGUAAGUACCACUGGAAAAAAAGUGCUUUUUUUGGGGGGGGGGGGGGGCCUUUGAGCGAAAGUAGAUGCACACAACUGCCAAAGGUUGUAUGAUGCACACUGGCAGCACCCCUGUCAUGGUGUGUAGACAACCUGCCGUGCAGGAAGUUAAUUUUGCAACGACGAGCAGAAAAUGUGAACUCCAUUUGAAUCUGCUGAUAAACUACAUAUUUGUCAUCACCAAACUAAAACAGAUCACACAGUGAAAUGCAAAGUUAGAUCAAGCCAAUGCCUGAGGCUCCAGCGCUGCAUGUCAUUACUUUACAAUCUGACCUAGGGAACGCUUUGGCUUGGACAUUUCUGCGACAGGUAGUAUGUUGUUAAGCAGUGACAGUCAAGCCAGUUCGUAAAAUAUCCUGGAAGGCACACUGUUCUACACCGAAAAUUCUUACUAAGUGUUUCCAGGGUGUGCACUUUGAGCACAUGCCAUGAGCAGGUGGCUUCUUCCAGGUUGGCAUAAAAGCUUUUUUUUUGUUUGUUUGAUUUUUUGGUGCAGUUGCAAAUCCUGCCAUUGAAGGAGUGAAAUUCGCACACACACUCUGCGACCGUGUCAAUUCUAGUCAGCCUUAAUUGCAAGAUGGAAGAUCACCGAUGUGACCAGACUGAAUGCUUGCCUGUCGCGAGAUGAAUGUGGUGCCCGUGUACUUAAGAGAACUGCACUGAUAUGUACUGCAAUGUGAAAGGUUCUUUAGGAUACAUGCUGGCCGCAGCUCAGACGUGCAAGUUACUGUUAUCUUUUCUAUUUCCCUGACCUGCCUCGUAUGUUAUUGGUUCAAGUGCCCCCUACGCCUUUCGAGUUUUCCUGUUAUUCUUGUGGUGUCUGAAUGGAUUCUGACAUUGGAAUGCAUGUGAUUUUUGUGUGCAGUAUUUUAUUUUAUUCUUUUCUGAUAUAUAUAUAUAUAUAUAAUUAUAUACAUUACACAUAUGCGUGUGUGUACACAUUGAAAGGUUGUGCUGGUUGCCUGGUGGUGUCCUUUUUUUCUUUUCCGAAGUGGAAUUUAGUGGUGGUUGAAAAGCAUCUAGGGUUUUGCUAUUUGCUCAUUGUUUUGCAUUCCUUUUUUUUGCAGCUACACUUAUUGUAGACCAUGCUUUUUAUUUAGGAAAAGACACUAAUAACAUUCCAUUGAGCUUACGGUUAUGCCAACCUGUAAACAUCGGUAGAAAAUAAAAAUUAUGGAUCCGA